AUGAAAAGAAUAUUAUACAAGGAGAGAUCCGGUCGGGUUUCUGUUCCGCCAGGACAUUUAUGCUGGUUUAAGUGUUUUCCUGACACUUUUACACUUUAUUUACAGUAGUAUAUUAUCUAUUUAAAUUUCCCCGUGUUGUUCUGUAAGAAUACAAGCUUAAAACAACAAUGCCGAAAAGAAGCAAAGCUAACAAUGACACUGAAGCAGCUGGGCCCAAAAGAAGGUCUGAGAGACUUCAAACUAAACCCCAAACACCUGAGCCCAAGCCAAAGAAGGCACCGGCAAAGGGCAAGAAAGCCAAGGAAGUAGAAAAGGCCAAACCAAAGGAGAAGAAAGAAGAUGCAAAGCCAGAAGCAAAAUCUGAGGAGAAGACCCCUGCGGAGAACGGAGAGACUGAGGAAGCAAAAAACACUGAUGGGGAGGAAGAAAAGCAGGACCAGAAAGAGGAAGCUGCUAAAUAACAUUGUAUUUCACCAGAGCUCCCAAAACUCUUUUCUUGUACAAUACAGAAGAAUAUUUUUAUCGACUCUUUUCUAAGCAGGUUUUUUUAGUAAUUAUUAAAAACCCAUUUUAUUAGAACGAUCCAAGAGAAAAGCCUUUAAAGAAGGAUCCAUCUUAUUCCACUCCAAUUUCUUCUGAAGAUGAUUUGCAGUCAUGAAACCGCAAGUGACAUAAUUGUCUGGCUUUGGAGUCGGACAGGUUGUGCCAUUUUCUUAAAAAAGUGUAAUUUCUUAGGUCUUUAUUAAAACUGGAAGAGUUUGUUUGAGACACUAACAUUCCAUAGGCGAUGUGACGUACAUGUUUCUAGUCUGUAUUGUAUGGGAAGGGAGUUUAAGAAAUUUUUGAUUGUUUGAAUUGUUGAUAAGCUGUAUUUUAUGGAUUAAAACCUCGAUAUUAGUCCAGUUUGUUUUUAAUCAACAUCUUUGAUAAAUGAUAAACCUGCUCACUAGUACUGGAACACUCAUCAGAUAUGUGAACUGCGACAUUAUUUGACUUGGUUUGGUAAGAGCACUGCAAGAAUGUUGUAUAGCUGCUGUGUACAAGGUUUUCAUAUUUUCUAUAUGCAGUAUGUGAUGGUACUUUAAGAGGAUUAAAAGGAAUAGUGUGUUAGGACACAAGUGUGCCACAGUGUUAAACAUGCAGGUUGUAUGAAAAUUACUGUAAUUUCAUUCUCAUGUACAUGCCAGCAGUAGCUACAUCACAGAGUUGUUAGGUUAGAAGUACAAAUGUACAGUUUCAUGUUUUGGUUUCUUGUUGUGUAGUAUCUGUAAUGAUUGGUAUAACAUACCAAUAAAAUGGUUAUUUACCAUGGUUA